UAUAACAACUUAGCACAAGAGACUUGAAAACAAAUCUCUCUCUCUCUCUCUUUUCCCAUACCCUCCCCUCUUUUCCUUGAUGGUAUAUAGUAUAAAUUACACACAACAAACUCAUUAUCUCUCUUCAAAACAAACCCAAAACCAUUUCUGUUUCAUUCAUUUUUCAUCUUGGCCAGCUAUCCAUCUCUUCUUAAUUUUUCUCUAAUCCUAUUGUUUCAAUUAUCAAUCUCUGCUACUUAAUUGGGGAGGCGGGGUUGGUUAUUCAUUCUUUCUUUCUUCUCUCAAACUGCAACAACACCUUUUGUGGACAAAGACCCAAUAUUCAAGGAGAAAUUUCACAAUCAAAAAAAUGUUUGAUAGUGAAACCCAUUACUUUGAUCCUCAUUCCUUACCAGCUGGUGGACUACUUGGAAGUAAUAAUAGUAGUAACCAAGGAGGAGGAGGAGAAAGAGUUUCUUCAUCAGUUAUCAUUCAAGAUAGUAAUACCAUCUUAUCAAACCCUUACAACAACCCUAACCUUAAUCAAUCCGCUGACGAAUCCGUUGUUGCCGCUGCUAAUACAAUGGAUUUUGAGCUAGACCAACAAGAAGGUCUAGUUCAUGAUCCCAGUUCGGUUCAAACCGGGGUUUUCGAUCACUCUAAUAAUAACUGGCAGCAUCAUCAAGAGAUGCAAGAAAUGCAGGAUCAGUUGCAAGCAGAACAAUUUUAUCAGCAGCAGUUACAGAAUAAUCUUCAGUGUUUCAAUUCUAAUCCUUUUACGCAGUCAUCAACACCUGAUCUUCUCAACUUGUUACAUUUACCCAGAUGUGGUAGUGCCGGAGCAUCAUCUUCUGCGGCAUCGAGGUUACCUAAUUCAUCAAUCUCUUUCAAUAACAAUCCGUUAAAUUUCCACACAUCUUCUCUGGAAAUAUUUGGAGCAAGUAAUGGUAACAAUAAUGAAGGUAUUCAUGGAGGUGAAAACGGGUCAGGAGGAUCGUCGAGUAUUCUGUAUGAUCAUCCAUCACUUCAUCUGAACAAUCUUCCUCCGCAACCUCCCAUAUUCAGAGACUUGUUUCAGAGCUUCCCACAAACUUAUGGAUUGAAUGGAAGUGGUGCAGGUAGUUCAUUGUUUGGUGGUGGAAUUGAUGAGAGAGAAGGAUCAAUUUAUCACCAUCAUCAUGAUGGAGAUGGUAGUAAUAAUGGAAUGAGACAGUUUGAGAAUUCGGUGUUGGAUUUUAGGAGAUCAAAGAAUAUAAAUAUUAAUGGUGUUGGUGGAAGUAGUAGUACUGGUGGUUUUAGAAGAGCCAGUAGUCAUGGUACUAAACAUUUUACUACUGAAAAACAAAGAAGAGAGCAAUUUAACGAGAAGUACAAAGCUUUGAGUUUACUGGUUCCUAACCCUAGCAAGAAGCAAGACAGAGCUACAGUAGUGCAAGAUGCCAUUGAAUAUAUAAAAGAACUAAGAAGAACAGUGGAUGAACUGAAGAUCUUAGUUGAUAAAAAGAGAUGUGGAAGCAGAAACAAAAAGUUGAAAACCGAGGACGAAGCAGCCGCAGCAGCAGCAGCAACCGGAGAUAUGGAAAGCUCAACCAUGAAACCCACUUCAAAUGGCAAUGCAGAUCGAGAUCAGAAUUCGUUUAAUGGACCGGUAAGAAGUUCAUGGCUUCAAAGGAAGUCCAAAGAGACUGAAGUAGAUGUGAGGAUUAUCGAUGAUGAUGUAACCAUUAAGCUUAUUCAGAGAUCAAAGAUGAAUAAUUUGUUGUUGGUUUCGCGGAUCAUUGAUGAACUUCAGUUGGAUUUACUUCAUGUCUCUGGUGGCUGUAUUGGUGAUCACUAUAGCUUUUGGUUCAACACUAAGAUAAAUGAAGGUUCAUCGGUGUAUGCAAGUGCAAUAGCCAAGAAACUAAUUGAAGGGGUGGAUAAGAACUAUGCAGCAUCCAAACCUGAGAACAAUUAUUAGGUUACUGGCUUCAUUAAUUAUAAGUGAAGUUAAACAUGGGAGGUUUUAGAACUUAUAAUCGAGUCUUAAGUUAAUGCUUUUUGUUGCUAUUUUUGGAUUAUUAUUAGAAGUUAUAUCAAAAAUCAAAUAACAUAUGGGCUUUAGUUCUUAUGAGUAUUGUUACGAGUUCUCCAUGGGAAUUUCGUUUAGUCUCUAUG